AAAGUUGCAUUUUGCCUGCAAAGAAUGGGGCUUCUUCCAGCUGAUUAAUCAUGGAGUGAGCUCUUCAUUAGUGGACAAACUGAAACUAGAGAUGCAAAAGUUUUUCAAUUUGACGAUUGAAGAGAAGAAGAGAUUUGCCCAAGAACCGGGCGAUGUAGAAGGAUAUGGACAGGCCUUUGUUGUAUCUGAGGAACAAAAACUUGACUGGGCUGACAUGUUUUACAUGGUCACUCUGCCAACUCACUUGAGAAAACCUCAUUUACUUCCCAACCUUCCUCUUCCAUUCAGAGACACUCUAGAUCAGUACUCAAAGGAAUUGAAAAUCCUUGCCAUCAAGGUCCUUGAGCAAAUGACAAAAGCAUUAGGAAUGAAGCUUGAAGAUAUGACAAUGCUUUUCCAAGAAGGGAUGCAAUCAAUGAGGAUGAACUAUUAUCCUCCAUGUCCCCAACCUGAGCUUGUGAUGGGCCUUUGCCCCCACUCUGAUGCUGCUGGGCUUACCAUAGUGCUUCAAGUCAAUGAAGUGGAAGGCCUCCAAAUCAAAAAGGCUGGAGCUUGGGUUCCUGUUGUACCACUUCCUAAUGCAUUCAUAGUCAAUGUUGGAGACAUUUUAGAGAUUGUGACAAAUGGGAUUUACAAGAGUGUUGAGCAUCGGGCAACUGUGAAUUUGCACAACGAAAGGCUUUCCAUUGCAACGUUCUUUUCUCCAAAACUGGAUGGUGACAUGGGUCCAGCGCCAAGUCUUAUCACCCCUGAAAAUCCAGCAAUUUUCAGAAGAAUUAGUAUGAUUGAGUAUUUAAAAGUGUUUUAUUCCCGUGAACUAGAUGGGAAAUCAUUCAUUGACGCAAUGAGGACCCAAAUCGAAGACUUUUAGGCACUUAGUCCCUCUAUGAUUUUUCUCUUUGAAACUUAUGUACACUGUUGAUAUGGUGUCCCCUCUUCAUCCCCU